AUGCCCCACGCUCGAAAUAGGAAUCCUAGCCCCAUCCCAGAGGUAACAUGGGACACAGGAUUGAAGGAGAUGAACGAGACCUGGAAAGGAGCUAUUGCCUGUCUCGGGGUGGCCGUCUUCUUUGUCAUGACCAUCGGGAUCAUAUAUUGGCAGGUGGUGGACCAGCCCAACAAGAACUGGAUCCUUAGGGGGACUUUUAGCGGACUGAUCUGGGAGAGAAGAACCCACUCGCUGGUCAUACAGACCCUAACGGAGGACAAGACCUAUGUCGAGAUAGACGUCGGGAACGUGGGGAACCCCGACAUCGAGGUUCCCUUCGUGAGGAACUUGUGCUGGCUGAAUAAAACGGAGUUCUGCUAUACGUGGGACUCGGUGGCCGAGGUGAAAAUCUCGCUGGAGUUGAAUGAGGAGACGGAGACGGAGUGUUACAGUAUGACUUGGACGCCGGUGCACUGUCAUGUGGAACUGAAGGACUGCUUCUCCAUGACCAACGUGUCCUGGUACGGCGGCGCCAGUGUCCGGGGUCAAACCUGGCCGAUCAACGAUCAGAACGCCACCACGCAGCCCUUCAUUGUGAGCGAUCUUAAGGACAAUCCCUCUGGCUUUGGCUCUGCCUUGGAACGCUACUUCCUGGGCUCCACAGGUGUCGCAGUGUUUGUGUCUCCGGAUAUUCCCCUGCAGCUGGGGCUGGACAGCCGACAGGAGUUCUGCCUGCAGUCGCUGCCCAGUAUGGAGCGUCUCCCUCUGCAGUACACUGUGUGUGUGGCCCACAAUGUGAAAGCUGCUCACCAGGAAGCAGUGCAGCAGCUCUCCCACCACAGCAGGGAGCUGCCCAAUAUGAACGCGUUGUGGCUGCCGUUCUGGAAGCUGCUCGCCAACGUGGAUUCAGGGCCGAAGGUGGAGAGGGAGCUGAGGACCUUCUCUAAUCGUCUGAGGAGACACCAGCUAGGGGAGGGAGUCAUCAGCCUCAAUGAACAUUCCACAACCCUCCUCUCCGACAUGGACCAUGACUACCUCAACAGCAGGAAAAGGGGGAUGUCCAAGAGACUGACCAGGGACCUCCCACUUGUCAAGCUUCUCAACAUUUCCAUCACCCUGUCCCCUUUCCUGGGCGUGGACACCACGCAGUUCCACACCUCCCUCGUGGACGGCACUGAGGCCUACUGGCUCAGUCUCCCCUCCGCCCCCCAGGGACAGCUGAUCCCUGUGAUGGGUCAGUGGCGAGGAAAGUUCUGCGUAAAGCUGAACAUCACCAACCCAGGAGCGGUGAGCUGGUUCCUGGACAGGGUGGGAGCUCUGCAGGCCCAUUUGGGGAUGGAGUAUGUCAUGCUGGAGGGGGGCGAAGGGAAUCUGCUUGAGGAGCAAGUCCUGCGGCCGCCGCAGACUCUCGGGGGAGACAACUACAUCGGCCUGCUGGCCGACCUGGCCACAAGGAUAGGAGACUCCACCAUCGUGACAGCAGGGACACGGUCGAACCACAAGCCUCUGUUUGUAAGGAUGACCCCCAUGCAGUCCGACUGGAGCCCAAUGGGCCUGAAGGGCAUCAUUCCCUCCCUGCUGCACCACUCUCUGCUGGGAUACAACUUCCUCAUUCCUGAUGCAGUAGGUGGCUCUCUGUCUGGAGACCUUGUCACAGAUGAGGAGUUGUUCAUUCGCUGGCUGGAGAUCACGGCUUUUCUCCCGGUUAUCAGCUUCCACACGCCGCCCUGGGUCUGCGGAGAGGACCGGGUGCUAAACCUGACACGGGCCUACAUAGCAAAGCACCAGAGCGAUGUGGUCCCACUGAUAGAAAAGUAUGCAGAGGAGUGGCAGAUGACGAGAAACCCCAUCUACCGGCCAAUGUGGUGGCUCAGUCCCAGUGACCCCACGACUUUCACCAUUGAUGACCAGUUCCUCAUCGGAGACGAGGUCCUGGUGGCACCGGUGGUGGAGAAGGGGGCGGUGCAGAGGGAUAUUUAUCUACCUGAUGGGGGCUUCCAGUGGCAGGACAGCCAGAAUGCUCAGGUGUUCGACGGGGGGACGUUCCUACAGGACUACCCUGUGCCCUUGGAGGAGGUGGCUGUUUUCUUACGGAGAAGCUGA